AUGUCAACCGAUGGGCCAAAUACGAAACACCAACUCUUGUCGGAUUCAGCGAAACUAUAUGAUCCUUUCGGAUGGUUUGCACCGGUGAUUAUACGAGUCAAAAUUCUCUACCAGAAAUGUUGGCUCUACGAUCUCAACUGGCAUGACGCGCUACCUCCCACAAUCGGAGAGGCGUGGAGCGAAGUGAAGGAAAACCUGCAUCAGCUUGAGCAAAUCAAGAUAGCCAGAUGGGCACCCAGCUACAACGGCCGCAUUCAGCUGCACGGUUUUUCAGACGCUUCUGAGGAGGCAUUCGCAGCUGUGGUAUACUUUAGGUCAACGGACAACAACGGCGAAGUUCAUGUCACCUUACUAGCAGCGAAAACGAAGGUUGCUCCCGUGCGACAAAUCUCCAUACCACGUCUAGAGCUUAAUGCAGCUGAAAUGUUGGCGAAACUCAUAAGAAAGGUUGCAGAACCAUUAGUGAGAUUCCAGAUCGAACAGUAUGCUUGGACAGAUUCUACGAUUGUAUUGCAGUGGUUAUCCGCUCACCCUCGUAAAUGGAGCACUUAUAUAGCAAAUAGAACAUCUUCAAUCCUAGACAUACUACCUAGAAGGCACUGGGCACACGUCACAUCAAAGGAAAAUCCGGCGGAUUGUGCUUCUCGAGGCAUAUCCCCGCUAGAGCUUAUCCAUCAUCCGCUUUGGUGGACAGGGCCUGCUUGGCUAUAUGAAGAUUCCCUCACAUGGAGUCGAGACGUACCAGAUAAUACACACGAUGAGGGGACACUGGAGGCACUAACAAGAAACAUAAUUGAGAAGCAAAUCCUGGAGCAACGAUCCGAUCUCAACGCGGCAUGUUGGCAGCUCGCUCGCGUUAUGAGAUUCGUUUACAAUAUGUUCGUCCGACUGGCGCAGCAAGAAUCCUACGAAGAUGAAAUUAAAGCGCUAGCUCGUGGAGAUAGUGUUCCCGUCAAGUCUAGCAUCUCAAGCCUGCAUCCGUUCCUGGAUAGUGCCGGUACGCUCCGAGUCGGUGGCCGGUUGCAACACUCGUUGUAUACAUUCGACGUCAAACACCCGAUAAUUUUAUCCAAAAAUCAUCGCUUCACAAAACUACUGUUGGAGGAAAUUCAUGUCAACAAUUGCCACGCCGGGUCAACUUUAAUGACAGCAACAAUCAACCAGCGUUAUUGGAUUCAGGGUUGUCAAAAGCGGACCCUACACGAGUAG